AUGGCACCUAAAUCAUUCAAAGUUAUUGUCGUCGGCGGCGGCCCUGUCGGUCUGACCGCCGCCCACGCCCUUCAUCACGCAGGCAUUGACUUUGUAGUCCUUGAAUCCAGGAGCUCUGCAGUUCUGGAUCUAGGUGCCAGUCUCGUUUUAUCUGCGGCGAGUCUCAGAAUUAUGCAUCAGUUUGGAAUUUUGGAAAAACUGUUGAAGAUCGGAGGAGAACUGCAGCACUCCCAAUCGAUGACGCGAGAAGGACAGCCAUUUGUGAGCACUUUCAAACUCCUUGAAAUCCUGAGAAAGAACCACGGAACUGCACCACUUGCGUUCCAUCGCGCCCAACUCGUUGAGACCAUGUACGAGACUUUGCCCGCGGCGGCCAAGGAGCGUUAUCUUCUGAAUAAAAAAUUAGAUUCUAUUGAAUCCGAUGAGACCGGAGUGCGUGUGACUUGCGCCGAUGGAAGCACAUACGACGGAUCUAUUGUCAUUGGAGCGGACGGUGUACACAGCAAGACGCGCCGAAAUAUGCGUGAGCUAGCACUGAAGGAAGAUCCCAAGCGUGAUUGGGAUGCAGCUGUCCCAUUCCCAGCUUUGUAUAGAUGCCUGUGGUGCAGCUUCCCUCGGGUCGGCGAAUGCGGAUAUGCCACCGACACACAGUCCAAGGACAUGUCAACCAUGUUCAUUCUCGGUCGGGAGCGAGGAUGGAUCUUCCUUUACGAAAGACUGCCCGAGUCAACGACGUCGCGUGUGAAUUACACCGAAGAAGAUCGACAAGCCUAUGCAGCUAAAUUUGCCGAUUUCCCUGUAACCGACAAAUUGAAGGUCAAGGACGUGUACGCGAAUCGGCUGACCGAUGGAAUGGCAAACCUGGAGGAAGGUAUCCUGAAGCAUUGGAGUUGGGGCAGAAUUGUCUUGGCUGGAGAUUCUUGUCACAAAUUUACGCCUAACGCGGGACGCGGGCUUAACAAUGGUAUCCAGGAUGUGGUUGCUUUGUGCAACGGAAUUCAUGGGAUGCUAGAAAAGAGAUCCGAGACCGAUCUGCCAGAUCUAGUCGCUCUGGGCAAAGUGUUCGCGGACUACCAGAAGCUCAGAUCAGCUCCUGUACAGUCUGACGGCACUCAGUCGUUCUAUGUUUCCCGUAUACAUGCCUGGGCAAAUUGGCUUUCUUACUUUGUCAGUCGCUAUAUUAUGUCGCAAGAAUGGUUGCUGGCAUGGGCGUUGAACGCAUUUGGCGCCAACGAGAUUCGCAAAGCGCUGAUAUUGGACUACAUUCAUGUCGACGAACCAUUCUUGUCAGCGGUUGAGUGGAAACAUCAAUUGCAGAAGAAGAAGAGUGACUAG